GAACUAUACAUCUUGAAAACCAUCUUUGACAUGCUCGCAGAACUAUUCCUGGUCCUCUCUGGACAUCCAUCUUCCUUCUUCGUACCAUCACCUUCCCCACCUUCGUCACCUUUCACACUCGUCGUCGCUCCUUCCCUCUCACAAUACCUCCACCCCGGCGAGAUCUCCACUCUCAACUCUCUCGCUCAUCUAGCAUUCCAAUACUCCAAAAUCCAUCAAUGGGCAAAAACGACCCAACUUAUUGGAUUAGAAUCCAUUUUCAAUAUCUCCAUCAAAACCCACCCUACAUCCAAACACCUUCCUACCUCUCAAAUACCUGAUCAAUACCUAUCCACAUUAGCCGGUGGAAUACUUGAUUUCCUCAAAACGUACCAACAAUCUCUAGUGGAAAUAGAAGAUAAAAUACUUUCUUGUGAUACUUCAACAGUACAAGAUGAAUCAGGUUACGUACCACUUUCACUCAUUCAAGCUUCUUUAUCAAAAUGGUUCAACCCACUUUCCAACCUUUCUUCUUUGAUCGAUAAACUAUCACAACAUCCUCAUACACCUAGCGAAUUGAUAGAACUUAUAUAUACUUCGAGUCUCACUGGAAAUCCUCAAUUAGAAGAAAUAUACAAGAUUUUAUUCCAAGGAUUGAAACAUUUAUUCUUAACCCAUUUAACCGUUUUUCUAUUAUAUGGGAUAGCUCCAAGCGUAUCAACUUCUCAAUCACCUGUUGUAGCUUUGGAUAAAGGAUCAGAUCCUCUUUCACCACAAUAUCGUUUAUAUGUUCUUAAUGAAGAUGUCAUACCUCGUAAAAUUGGGAAAACAACUAGAGAAGGGAUUUUAUAUGUUGGGAGAGUCACUGCUACUUUGAAAAGAGAAGGAAAGAGUUUACCUAAAUUGGUUCUGGAUGAAUUGAGGGAUGAAAUUAUGAAUGUCUCGAAUUUGGAAGAAGGAGGAGGUUUGGAGAAAACUAUUGGGAAAGCAAGAUUGGAAGUUGGUGAAUGGUUAUGGAAACAUGUUUUGACCGGUAAUCAUGUCAUAGAUGCUUUACAAGCAUUCGGAGAUUACUUUCUCACCCGUAAUGGUCCAUUCACACAUAACCUCAUUCGUCAAAUCUCUCUACUACGUGUACGAAAAUUGAUCACUUCCAACCCACAUUCAUCAUCUUCCGUAAUUAAAGAUCAAGAUCUUUCACAUUGUUUAACGAAAGCGAGUAUAUCCACUUUGGCGGAAUACGAUAAAUUCUUAGAUAAACUUCAUUUACAUCUCCCACAAGGACCUAUACGUCCUCUCAUGUCCGUAAUACCUAUAUCAAAUUCUAUUCCUAAUCCAUACUUGUCCGAAAUACCCAUCAGAGAUCUCUUUUCUACCUUUCCACUAGGUUCUCCUCUCAUAUUAGAAACACGCGUUUCCUGGCCUUUAGAUUUAUUCCUUUCUCCAUCAUCUAUGAAUAAUUAUACCGAUAUACAUACGUAUCUUUUCGCUUUUCGUGAAACACAUAUGAAAGUAUUGGAAUGUUGGACUUUUCUUAGUUCUUCUCAACGUCAAAGAAGGAAAUGGACAGGUAGUACAGAAGGUGGUUCUCCUCUUGAAGCGAAAGAGAGACAACAGUUAGUUCGUUCGGCUUGGGGAGUUUUACGUAUCAUGUUAUUCUUUUUAGAUCAGAUGUUGGGUCAUUUCUUUGUGGAUAUUAUAGAUGUUCAACAUCGUCAAUUAUUGAGUCAAUUAGAAGGGAUCAAUUCUCAUAAAACAUCUUCAGAGACUGGAUCUUUACGUGGUUCAAUGACUCGACCACGUUCUCCUAUAGAUCGAAGAAAUACCCCCACGACAUCUUCACCUGAUCCAAUGGGAAGACCAGGUUCACCAGGAUCUUUUCAUACUCAAUGGGAAAGAGGAUCAACAUCUCGAGCUCCUCCUACGCCUGGAAAAUCUCAAACAGCUCAUCUUGACUUUCUCACUCUCAGACAAAUGCACUCGAGACAUCUGGCCUUUCUCCGAGAGGGGUUACUCAUUGCCGAUAGAACCUCUGCCGCGUUAAUCAGAGAUAUCUUGAUGAGCUGUAGAAGGUUCACAGCUUUGGUAGAUCGAUGGGGUGGGGAUGUCCUCCCUGAGCUUCUCGUGGAAGGUUCGGCGGAAGAAGUGACUAAGCUUUUGAAAGAACGUCAAAUGGCAGUGCAAGAAGUGGCCAAUACAUUGCGAGAUCAAUUGACGGAAUUUUUCAGAAUGUUAGUGGAAAGUCAAAACCCCUCCCUGGGUGAUACAUCGACAAGCGGGACGUCACGGACGAAUGCAAGUAAGAUCAACCUCACUCAUGCUUCUCGGAUCUUGUCGCGACAUACCAGUUUCAAGGGAGUUUCGAAGAACAAGACCGGUCCGACGACGGCGGGUAAAGAAGACACAGCAGAUGCUGAUUCAAACAUGAGUAGACAUAUAGAGCAAUUAUUACUUCGACUAGACUUCAAUGGCGUAUUGACAUCUUGGCUAGUCAAAGAAGAAAGGGGUGGUCAGACACAGAAUAUCUUAGCUGAAGGAGGUCUUUCCCCAGCCGUCCGAUGAUGCAUCAUCUUUGAUGUGAU